GCAAGCAUGCCAACCCCAAACUCUUCCAGUUCUUCAGCCAAAGGCUUCCGUCGGGCGGUAUCAGAGAUGGACUCCAAGCAAGCAGAGGCCAUCAUGUCACCACAGUUCAUUGGGAGACGGCAGAGCCUCAUUGAAGAUGCCAGGAAGGAAAGGGAAGCAGCAGCGGCAGCAGCUGCCUCUGGGAGCACUGACUCAAUGGAAACGAUUGUCUUUGAAGAGAAGGAUGGCAUGGCCGUGUUGAACCUCCUAUUCACACUCAAAGGAGGAAAGAUGUCAUUGCCAUCCCGUGCACUCAAAGUGUUUGAGACAUUUGAAGCCAGAAUUCAUCAUUUAGAAACAAGGGCCAGCAAGAAAUUGCGAGAGGGGUCUGCUGACCUGGAAUACUUUGUGCGGUGCGAACUCCACAGCUCUGAUGUGAGCACCCUCAUCAGUUCUCUGAAAAGGGUUUCUGAAGAUGUCAGAAGCACCGAAGAAGCCAAGUUUCAUUGGUUUCCAAGAAAAAUCUCUGAGCUAGAUAAGUGUCACCAUUUGGUCACCAAAUUUGACCCUGAUUUGGAUCUGGAUCACCCGGGAUUUUCUGACCAAGCAUAUCGGCAGCGAAGGAAAACGAUAGCAGAAAUUGCUUUCCACUAUAAAUAUGGUGAGCCAAUUCCUCGGGUGGAAUACACAGCAGAAGAGGUCGCAACUUGGAGGGAGGUGUACAGUACACUGAAGAGCCUCUAUCCCACACAUGCCUGCAAAGAACACCUGGAUGCCUUCCAUUUGCUGGAGAGAUACUGUGGCUACAGUGAAAACAAUAUCCCUCAGCUGGAGGAUGUCUCCUCUUUCUUAAAAGAGAAAACAGGGUUCCAGCUCCGGCCUGUAGCUGGCCUUCUCUCCGCUCGUGACUUCCUGGCCAGCUUGGCCUUCCAGGUGUUUCAGUGCACCCAGUACAUCCGCCAUGCCUCUUCUCCCAUGCAUUCUCCAGAGCCGGACUGCUGCCAUGAACUCCUGGGACAUGUGCCAAUGUUGGCAGACAAGACAUUUGCACAAUUCUCCCAGGCCAUUGGACUUGCAUCUUUGGGAGCAACUGAUGAGGAGAUCGAAAAACUUUCAACACUUUAUUGGUUUACGGUGGAAUUUGGGCUCUGCAAACAGAAUGGAAUCAUCAAAGCCUAUGGAGCUGGACUCCUUUCUUCCUAUGGAGAGCUAAUACACUCUUUGUCGGAUGAACCGGAGCUCCGGGAUUUUGACCCUGUUUCGACAGCUGUGCAGCCUUACCAAGAUCAGACGUAUCAACCUGUUUAUUUUCUAUCUGAGAGUAUAAGUGAUGCCAAAGCUAAACUCAGGGCCUAUGCAGCACAUAUCAAGCGCCCAUUCUCAGUGAAGUAUGAUCCGUACACAUACAGCAUUGAGCUCUUAGACAGCCCACAGAAGAUCCACCACUCCCUGGAGAAUGUGCGUGAUGAGCUUCACUCAUUAAUUGAUGCACUGAAUAUCAUCAGCUAAUGCAAGCAUUUGGAAGACACUUUUCUUCUCUGCACCAAAGCCUCAUCCUGCAAUUGCAAAUCGGGCCUUCUGCAUAGGCUACUUAUCACUGCACCAUUUGGGCCAAUAACCACUGUACCGUUUUUUUUAGGGUUUCUGUUGCUUCCUGUUGCUGCUGUAAUAGCAAUAGUUUGUGUUGUUGCCCACAUGCCAGUGUAGGAGAAGCAGAUCUGAUACAGUCAGCACAUACAUGCUUUCCCUCAUCUCUGUAUCUUGUAUGGCACAGAGUUUUGUUUUGUGGUUGGUUAUUGGAAGGUAAAUACGGACUUAAUUUGAAAGUAUGAUUGCCAAGACUCACUCUGAGGAGGUCACACUGUGGGAAGAAUAACAGCUGUCAGUUUCUAAAUGCAAGCUGAGUGUCUCUUCUAGCUGGAUCUAUGCAUAUGUCAUAGUUAAAGAGAACGGAUAGGGGAAGACAGAGAAUAAAUCAAGUGUUCCUUAGCCAUAUAUUUUUGUACUGAGACACGUUUAUUAGAGAAACACACAGAAUAAUUCUAACAUAUCCCUACAGACUAAGUCACACUGAGUUCAGGAGGGCUUGGUGCCUGAUGAAUGUACUUAGUAUUACAGCUAGGGCCCUUUACUUUUGCAAGAAGACCAGAUAUAAAAGACCUUGCAUCAAAAGCAAAAGAAGAGCAACGUUGCCAUGCUAGAGUAAUUCAACAAGCAGAAUACUUGGUCCUGAGGAAGAUGUGCACCAAAAGUUGCUGGGCAAUUUC